CAAUUAACAUAAAUAAUCCUUUCAUGUCUGCCUGCUUGGGAAAAUAAGGUUUUUUUCAACGACUUAGUUUACGUAAGUCGGUGUUGGGAUUGUUUUGGAUAAACAAUAACUAUUCCUUUAUUUAGAAUAAUGAAGUGGAGUUUAAAUUUGAUCUUGUUUUCAUGGUGUAUAUGGUUAAAUAUUAGCAACAAUCAGGUAGAAGGAGAAAUAGACGAAUUAUGUAAAGUAGAUUGUGCAUGCUGUAUAGAUAGAAAAUGUGGACCAGGGCAAUGGACUAAUGCAGAUUGUACUCUAGGUUGUAUUGAUGGUCAUAGAGGUGCUCGGUGCUACUCGCGAUGUACACACAAUUGUACACAAUGCCCUGGUCAUGAAGAUACGUGUACUGAAUGUUAUGAUGGCUAUUACCCCGGCAAUGCUAGUGACUGCACAUCACAAUGUUUAUCCGGAUGUAAAACAUGUACUAAUGGUGCCGCAUGCACAUCGUGCAAGGAGGGAUACAAUAACGACAAUGGUGACAAUGAUUGUCGUAAUCGUUACUGUUCUGAAAAUUGUAAUUGUGAAGAUAAUAAAUGUACAUCAUGUAAGGACGGAUAUUACGAUACCGGUAAUUUAUGUAAUAGUUUAUGUCCAGGUAACUGUGCCACGUGUUUGUCGAAUACUGAUUGUGGAUCGUGUAAGAAUGGGUAUUACAAAGGUAAGCAGUACGACAACAUUAAGCUCCCCUUGUUGAAUGACUGUACAUACAAAUGUCGAGAUAACUGUGAACAAUGUUUGUCCUAUAACAGUUGCUUGCUUUGUAAAACUGGUCUUUAUGGUGCAAACUGCGAGAAAAGUUGUGCAGCUGGUUGUAUGUCAAACACUUGCUAUAUACUGACUGGAAACUGCCAUUGUUCUCCUAAUUUUGCUGGAGAAAGAUGUGACAAAUGCAGAACUGGAAAAUAUGGAAUUAUGUGCGAUCAACAAUGUCCUACUGGGUGUAAAGGUAACGUAUGUGAUAAAGAUUCCGGGGAUUGUACAGAAGGAUGUACUAAAGAAACGAUCGUUGGGGAUAAAUGUGAUGUUUGUUUAACGGGCUGGUAUGGACAGUACUGUACACUGUCUUGUUCUGUUGGCUGUAAAAAUCAGCAAUGCAAGAGAAGUAAUGGUGAAUGCUCAAAUGGAUGUCUUGAUAAUUUUGAAGGAGGACAAUGCAAUCACUGUAUGUCUGGUAAAUUUGGAGAAUCAUGCCACAGUGACUGUCCAAAAAAUUGUGACGAGAAAGGCUGCUUGAAAAGCUCUGGUAAUUGUAUUAAUUGUAAUGACAACUUCGAUGGAGAGAAAUGUGAUAGAUGUCGUCUUGGUUUUAAUGGUUCACUUUGCUCUGAGAGAUGCCCGACUCAUUGUUUGAGCGGUGUAUGUGACAGAGAUACUGGCAAUUGCUCUUAUGGCUGUUUAGACAAUUAUUCUGGUGACAGAUGUUGUAUCAAUAAUAACAACUGUAUCACAUGUUUGUCAGACACUAGGUGUAAACAAUGUAAGUCUGGAUACUUCAAUGACCAAUGUGACCAACAAUGUCCUCAGAACUGUCUAAAGUCCUGUCAUAUCGAAACCGGUCUUUGUGACGGUUGCAAAGUAAACUUUUAUGGUGAUAAAUGCAAUUUUGCAUGCGCCUCUACAUGUAAGAUACAAACAACAACGAGUGGGAGUAUAUGUCAACAAAGUAAUGGAAAGUGUUUACUUGGAUGCGUAGAUGGUUUCCAUAGUUUACGAUGUUCUGAGAAAUGUUCUGUUUAUUGCAACGGUACACUUUGUAAGAAAGAAAACGGCCAAUGUACAAAAGGUUGCCGAAUUAGAGUAAAGAAUGACCACAUUUGCCCUCUUGAUUUAGACUCAAGCUCCUCAGAGCAGUCAGUAAAUACCGCUGCUAUAUCCCUUGGAACAAUUCUUGCUGUAUCAAUAGUUGUUAACAUCAUGCUUGUGGUUACGAAAUAUCGGAAAAGGGUCAAUGAUACUUACAAGACAAAAGGACCUAUUUAUGAAAACUCUGGCAUCGAACUAGAAUGUGGAAAUUCAGCAAAUGCUGGCAGUGUCAACAAGCAUGGAAUUGUACAAGCAUCAAGCAGCGACACUGGGUUUAAGUCACCUGACUAUGAAGAUCUUAGAACAGUUCAAGUAUCCGAGCAUGAAUAUGGACAGAUUCUUGCAGACACUGGAUUUCUUGAUUGACUUAUUACAGUAAGCAUACACGAAGAUAAAUGGUCAUCAACAAUCGUUAUUGUACUGUUAUUGUAUUGAACUUGUAUUAAAAGUAUCACGUCAGUAGAGUAACAACUUGAAUUAUAAACAAUGGACUGCAGUAUCGAACACAAACUCAUUCUUUUUUGUAUAGUGCUGUAUAUCUGUCUGAUAUUUUGGUGUGUUUAAUUCUAUUGUGAUACUAAAUAUCGCACUAUUGAAGGUAGGAGCGCUUACAUUUAACGGAUGUGAAGAUUUAUAUUAAUUAAUAUCUCAUUCAUUUUGGUAAAUCUUAUAGCUUACAUAGUGCAGGUUACGCACAUUUUCUAUAGAGUCGACAUUACUUGUACAUACAAUAGAAGCGGUUUACUCAUGUCAGUUCUCAUACUUAUACUUACUACAUGUAUUCCUUUAUAAGUUUUGACAUACAAAAAAUAAUUGUACAAUGAUUUAUGUAUUUUCUUUAUUGUGGUUAGUUAAAAAUAUAUCAAUUUGAACUGUUACUGUUAUAAUUUUUAUACAACAACGAAAAAAUAGAUAAAUAACUAAUCUUAACCAAUUAAGAUUUCUUUAACUAUACACACAGAAUAUAAUGUAAAAAAUAAGAUGAAAAGAGUAAAGAACGUUCAACAAGACAAAAUUGUAAAUUAACAGUCUUUACAAGUUUUAUUGAACGUGAUCAAUGACGGUUUAGGUAAAUAAAAAAUACUACCGUCAAUGCGCACUAGCACCGCAAUUAACCUCGACAUACAGAUACGUACGGUGGCACAAAGGCGACAUGUGUGUGUUUUUAUUUAUCUCGUGGCCACUAAGUCGUAGGAACGAGAUAGCUAAGUCGUGGCAACGAGAUAAUUAACCAAAACGACAUAGUAUCUCGUGGCCAUGACUUAGCUAUCUCGUGGCCACGACUUAGUAACUCGUGGCCACGACUUAGUAACUCGUGGCCACGACAUAGUUUCUCGUGGCCACGACUUAGCUAUCUCGUGGCCACGACUUAGUAACUCGUGACCACGACAUAGUAUCUCGUGGCCACGACUUAGCUAUCUCGUGGCCACGACUUAGUAACUCGUGGCCACGACAUAGUAUCUCGUGACCACGAGAUAAAUAAAAACACACACAUGUCACCUUUGUGCCACCGUAGAUACGUGCAUGAAACUAAAAUUUACGUAGAAAUUGCUAGGACAAUAACGAUUGAUAGUUUGAAAUAUUACUUCUGAUAUGAAAAUGACUUGUUGUGCCCCCACUAAAGAAGGAGGGGGGCAUUUAAAUUUACCCUUGUCCGUCCAUCCGUUCGUCCGUCCGUCCGCCCGUUCUGUUUUGUGUCGCUCGUAGCUCAAAAAGUAUUUGACCUAGAGUGAUGAAACUUUACAGGAAUAUCGGUCAGCAUGUGUAAUUGUGCCCAUGGGUUUCGCUUGUUGAAUUAUAAUGUUUUGUCAGAGUUAUGGCCCUUGACUUAGUAAAAAUUUGCAUUUUUUUCAAUUUGUGUCGUGCGUAGUUUAAACAGUAUGUGACCUAUAGUCAUGAAACUCAACAGGAAUGCCCUUUGGGGUUUGCUUGUGGAUUUAUUCUGUAUUUUUUGAGUUAUUGCCCUUUAACUAGGUAUAAUUUACAAUUUUCAUUUAGUGUCGCACGUAGCUCAAAAAUGUUUGACAUAGUCAUGAAACAUUAUAGGAAUGUUGAUAAGCAUGUGAAGUUGUGUACCUGUUGUUUUGCUUAUGGAUUAAUUCUGCUUUGUCAGAGUUAUUGCCCUUGACUUAAUAGACAAUUUUCAAUUUUUAACUUGUAUCUUGCGUAGCUAAAAUUAUUUGACCUAGAGUCGUGAAAAUUUAUAGGAAUGUUGGUAAGAAUGUGUAAUUGUGCAUCAGAGGUUUCGGUUGUGGCUUUUUUUCAGUACUUGCAGAGUUAUUGCCCUUAACUAAGUAAACAUUUGCACUUUUCAACUUGUGUCGUGUAUAUGUCAAAAAGUAUUUGACUUUGAGACAUGAAACUUUAUAUAAAUAUGGGUUGGCAUAUGUAGUUGUGCACCUGCGGGUUUGAUUGUAGAUAUGUUCAGUAUUUGUAGAGUUAUUGCCCUUGACUCAGUAAAAAAGACAUUCCAAAAUGUUGAGUAAUGUGUUCCUUGAGUGCUUAAGUAAGAAUCAACCAACUUUACAGAAAUGAUGAUCAACAUCACUUUGAAGCUGUGCAUCUGGGGUUUUGCAUGUUGAUUGUUUUAGUUUUCUAAUAGUUAUUGCCAUUGACUUCGUGUAAAUUAAGUAUAUAAUUUAUACUUAGUCAAACCAUGCAUAGCUCAAAAAGUAUUUGACCUGUAGUCCUGAUAUUAUACAAGAAUGUUGGUCAGCAUGUGAAGUUUGCACCUUGGCGUUUGCUUGUGGAUAUAUUCAGUAUUUGUAGAGUUUUUGCCAUUGGCUAUUGUAACAGAUUUUCAGUUUUCAACUUGUAUCAUGUGUAGCCCAAGGUCAGUAGAUUGACAAAACAGUGGAAUGUGGGGGCACCCGUGACAUAUU